AUGUCAGAUCAUCCUCAAUUUAACGAUUCUUUAUCAACAACACAAUCGUCAAAAUCAACUUUAAGAGAAAAUAAUGAAGCUAAUCAACCACAAUCAAAUCAACUUUUCGAUGAAAUUAGAAAUAAUUUGGACAGUUUGAAUGUAUCUAGUGGAUCUUUAAGACCUUCCCAUCAUCAUACGUCUUCAUUCACUUCAUCAAUCUCUCAAUAUUCUGGCAAGGUGGUUAAUGAACCGGUCCAUUUGGCAGUCAACAUGGAAGAUGUUAAUAAGAAGAAUGAAGAGGUACAAGAAGGUGUAGAGAUUAGAAGAGGUCCUUCAUUGGUAAGGGCCGAUAGUUUGAGUCAUGUUGUGAUUGUGAAUAGAGCCGGAGAGGAAAUUAAAGAUGAAGAAGAUGAAAUUCCCUUGGGAGCUCUUGAAACAAUAAGGAGUGGUGAAAUCAAGAAUGAUACUCCUAAAUUACCAACUGAUCAAAGAUCUCAAAGAUCUGAUACUUCUAAUCAAGGACAAAAGACUUCUUAUACUCCAACAUCUCAAUAUUCUGAUGAAUUCCCUAGAACCGGAGCAUUGAAACCUGAUCAUUCUACCCAUACCAACAUUGAAGCACCAGUCCCACCACGGUCUAGUAGACGUCCUAUGAGUGGUAGUUUGCUCCCACAUGAAGAAGAAGUGCUUUCCAAGUUAUUGGAAGGCUCUGGGAUCGAUUCUAGAAAUGUCACGCCAAGGAAAAGAAAGAGUGGCCAUUCUAAAAAGAGAUCUUCUCUAAGUGUCACCGAUGGAUUGGAUGAAUUGAUGAGGAAUGCUAAUUUGAUGCAACAGGAACAACAAGAGCGUAAGCAACAAGAACGGGAGAAUGCCAAACAGGUGGCAAUUCCAAAAGAAGAUGUGACAAGCUCUGGUCCUCGAGCUUUCAGAUCCUCUUCUAGUUCUCUCAGAUCGAUUGAUAGUGGGAAUUUCAAAACCCCAAUCGAUGGGAACUUCCCUCCAGUUGGCUCAGGUCAUACUUCCUCUGCCAAUGAACCACUCCAUUCUGAAAUGUCUCAUGAUUCGUUCAUGACUGCUGAUUAUGGAGGAAGUGGUGCCAGUACCGAGUUGGUUGGGUUAGAGUCCCCUACCCCUGCUGGUACUGGUGGUGGAGUGUCAGCCAAUCCCCCCGCUGGCACUGGUGGAGUAUCGGCCAAUUCCCCCGGCUUAUCAUCAACCCCCACUCUCAAAAAAUCGCUGUUACCUCCACGUCCAACCCCUGAUAACCUCCGGAAGGCUAGAGAGGUGUCCCAACAAUAUCUGUUGAAGAGCCAAGAACUAGACGAUCAUGGACAGACUACACCUCACCACAGUCCAAGACCAGCCCAUCCACAAGCUCCUCCACAAGCUCUUCCACCAAUUCAACCCCAGCCUGCUGCUGCUACCCCUGGCUUGUAUUCCGAGUCUAGUGACCAUUUGUAUAGCACUCCCGGGUUGGCAUCCACCCCGGAGGUGGCACCACCAUUGGGUGGGUACCGAGCCCUUGAAACGCCGCCAGUUGGUGGUCGGAAGACUUUGGAGACUGUGGGCACCACUACACGUCACAGUGACAACUCCCUGGCUGCCGAUGACACUCUUCAAGGCACCUCUCAAACCCACGCUCUAUCAGAGGCGUCUCCUGAGGAAGACGAGUACUAUGACAUCGAGCCACCAGUGGUGACCAAGCCAGCACGAGCCAAGUCAGUGAAACAGUCCACCACCUCGGCAGCACCACAACAACAGACGAAACGGAAGUCCAAGACUACAAAGAAGAAGUCGUCCUCGUCGAGACACGCCACCUCGGGACUGCUCAAGCCAUUCUCGUACCAGACAUUGAUCAGUCUCUUGGAGAGCACCAACGGGACGGUGAUCGGAGAAGAGUUCAGCCAAUUGGACUUGCCUGCAAAGGAGAAACAACUCAUUGAGAAGAUUGUCGAUGCUCUCUCGAGAUUGAGUGCCGAUAUGGUUCUUGACAAGGAUCGGUAUGAAGUGGGGAUUUCCCGAAUGGAGAAUGCACUCAGAGUCUUGGAAGGAUUUUUAUAA